AUGUCUGAAAGAGGCCGCUCUCCCGCCGCCUCUGGGUCAGGCAUGCAAUCUCGCCAGCCAUCCGCGUCGGGUGCUGCGAGAAGCCGCGGUGCUUCACCAGCACAAGCCUCAGCCUCUGGCAGUUCGAGGCCUGGUUGGGCGCCCAGCAUGGGCUUUGACCCUGCCAAGACUGAAAGCAAGGAUCGCAAGGGCAAUACUCGCAUGGAGCUUCCUCCAGACGCCUAUGUCACCAACGAGGCCCAGAAAGACGUGUUUGCUGUCCGCGGCAACAAAUUCAACACAGAGGGUCGGCCAGAGACUGUUGAGGUCAACCAAUUCCGAAUGACCAAGUUUGACUUCAGCAAGAAGAUUUACCAAUACGAUGUUGUCCUUUCGCCAGAACCGGACAAACGUGGACCGGUGUUGAAGAAGAUUUGGGCUCACCCGAAUCUCAAAAACGCACUCGCUGCCUACAACUACCAAAUGUGGAUUCUAGACGGCUCUAGACUGGCAUGGUCUCCUUCUUUGGUAGACCGCGGCGAGAUUCGCGUCACAGUGGACUUGGAUGAUGGCAGGCCUCCUGCGCGCUCUGGCCGUUCCAACAAGUUUUAUCUCAUCCUGCGCAAGACGACUGAGAUCCAGAUGGCUGUUCUCCGGGGUUACUUGGAGAGACGUAUUCAAUUCAACAACAGCGUCCAAGAAGCUCUCAACUUCAUGGAUCAUCUCAUUCGCCAGUGGCCAUCUGAGCAUUUGCUGGCCAUCAAGCGCAACUUUUACAAGCGGAAUGAGAGCGGAAUCCCUCUCAUGGCGGGUGGCGUUAUCGAAGUCCACAAAGGGACUUACGCCUCCCUGAGGCUAUCCAACAAUCUUGCGAAGGGAGGCAUCGGCCUUGCUCUCAACACAGAUGUUACCAACACCUGCUUUUGGACUGGUCGACAGACUCUGGAUCAGGUCAUGGCGAACUUUCUCGGCACUCUUGACAGGCGCUACAAGGGAAUAAACAUUGCCACCACCACAAUCUUUCGGCCUGUGCAGAACGAAAGAGGCGAGUGGCAGUCUUCUGAUGCUUUCAAGCAACUCCGAAAGAUGCGCAAGCUCAAGUUUACCAUCAGACACAACAAUCGGGACCCCAAGCUUGCCGAAAAAGUCUACACUGUGAUGGACUUUGCAUUUGAUCAGAAGUACGGAGCGGAGGGUGCCAAUGCCAGAACCGUCAAGUUUGACUACAAUGGGCGAGAUAUCUCGGUUGCCGACUACUAUCGAGAGAAGUACAAGGCUCAUUUGCGAAAUGCCCACUUGCCACUCAUCUCCACGGGAAAGAAUGGACAUAUCCCCAUGGAGUUUGCCUUUGUUGAACCGAUGCAGCGGUACGCUUUCAAGCUGAAUCCUGAACAAACUGCGGCAAUGAUCAAAAUCGCCGUUACGCGCCCAAAUGUUCGCAGGGGCGACAUCAUGAAGAACGUCCGGGACCUCCAAUUGCCCCAAGAUCCCUAUCUCAGGCACUAUGGAGUCCAGCUGGAGACAUCAUUUGCCAAGACAGAGGCAAGGAUCUUGGCCCCCCCUGUUGUGAACUUUAGCCAAGGUACAGCUGAUCCUAAAUACUCUGGCCGUUGGGAUCUGCGCGGCAAGAAGUUUUGGAAGCAGAACCAGGCGCCCCUGAUGAACUGGGGCUUCUUGGUCAUGGAUGACUGUGUCCAACUUCCUCAACUCCAGCAGUUUGCUCGCACCUUCAAGUCAACUUUUAUGGGUCACGGAGGUGCCUGCAGAACUGAUCCUGUCCUCGUCAAUGUGCCAGGCAAUAUCAAGAACAAUAUUGCUCAGGCGCUUGCGCAUGCCCACAAUCAGAUCACACGUGAGCGAGGAUACACUCAGCUCAUUUUUGUCGUCGUUCAGCACAAGAACAGCCCUCACUACGAACGUCUGAAGAAGUCCGCCGAUUGCCGUUUCGGUAUCCUAACUCAGGUUGUGAACGGAGCCUCCGUUGCGUCGAACAACGGACAGUACCACUCCAACGUGUGCAUGAAAGUCAAUGCAAAGCUCGGUGGAUCUACAUCUCGCACCAAUCCCCCUUGGCGAAUGACCCAAGGAACCUAUUUCCCGAAGGAUAGACCUACCAUGAUGGUUGGCGUUGACAUCUCUCAUGCUGCUCCUGGCGGACCAUCUCCCUCGGUGGCGGCCAUGACCAUGUCUGUCGACAGAGAUGCCACCAAAUAUGCCGCUAUGGUGGAAACCAACGGGUAUAGAGUUGAGAUGCUCACUUCUGCCAACGUGAACUUUAUGUUUGGCCAUUUGUGCAAAGUCUGGAUGGCAGGACACGAUCGACAAUUCCCCAAGCAUAUUAUGUAUUUCCGCGACGGCGUCGCAGAGGGACAGUUCGCUCACGUCAUCGAGCAAGAGAUCAAGGAGAUCAAAGCUUACUUCAAGCAAGCGGCUCCCAACCAGCCGCUACCCAAGUUUACCGUGAUUGUGGCCACCAAGCGCCACCAUAUCCGAUUUUUCCCAGAAAAGGGAGAUCGAAAUGGAAAUGCUCUUCCAGGAACUUUGGUGGAGAAGGAAGUAACCCAUCCUUUCAUGUUUGACUUCUAUCUCUGCUCGCAUGUUGCCAUCCAAGGCACCGCUCGACCAGUCCACUAUCAUGUGCUCAUUGAUGAAAUGGACAUUCCCGUCAAUGACUUGCAGAAGAUGAUUUAUCAUCAGUGUUAUUCUUAUGCCAGAUCGACGACACCUGUGUCGCUCCACCCGGCUGUAUACUACGCACAUCUCGCUGGCAGUCGAGCCCGCGCCCAUGAAAACAUUGCGACCAGCGAGGGCUUCCGUGCUGGCGCCAAAGGCCAUGAGAUGAUCCGCGACAAAGUUGCCAAGGGCGAGUCACUGAGUGUCCCACAACGGGGCAGUGAUGCUCCGUCUCUUCUUCAGCUUGGCGGAAAACCGGAGAAUAAUGCUCCCAUUGACGGAGAGGUGAGACAGAGAGAUUUCUUCCGAAGCACCAUGUGGUACAUCUAA